AUAGUUUAGUAAAUUACCGGUCUAAAUAAAAGGUUGAAAAAUCGUAUUUAGAUUUGUCAAUUGACCGGGCAUCUCAAUUUUCCGAUUCACUGUAGUUUCAAUUAGGGCUUUGAUUUUGACAGAGGAGGAACAAUGGUUUGCGAGAAGUGUGAAAAAAAGUUAUCGAAGGUGAUUGUACCAGAUAAGUGGAAGGAAGGAGCCAGCAACACCACUGAAGGCGGUGGCCGUAAAAUCAAUGAGAACAAACUCCUCUCUAAGAAGAAAAGAUGGACCCCUUAUGGAAAUACCAAGUGCACCAUUUGCAAGCAGCAAGUACACCAAGAUGCCAAGUACUGUCACACUUGUGCUUAUACCAAAGGGGUUUGUGCAAUGUGUGGUAAGCAAGUACUUGACACGAAGCUUUACAAACAAAGCAAUGUAUAAUUCAAAGCAAGUGCUAUUUAGUAUCGACGUGUAGACUCCUGACUCUCUAGGGCUCAGUUGAUCCCUAUCAUGAACUUGCAAAUUAUGAAAAUGAUGCUGUAAAGAUCACCAACAUUCAUGUUUUAUACUACCAUGGUUGCCUGGUUUCUUUUUACUGAUUAAUGAAAUAUGGUAGUGAGAACUUUUCUGUAAUCUCUCUUUGUGCUUUCUAUAGUUUAUUAAAUGCUUGUUAAGGCA